AGAGAUUGAUUGACGGGGUUGGGAGGGUAGAGACCGCUUGGAGUAUCGAAUUGAUGGGCGGAACGAAAAUUGAACCUCCGGCGGAGAGAGCACGGGCCACCUUUCCAUCCUCCAACUUUUUUUCUUUUCAGAUCUCGAUAUACCUGAGCUCUCUCUCUGUCUUAACGUUUGUGCAUGCACGACCCAAUUUUUUGAUAUUUGAUUUAUAGGCGGACUUUUUUUUUUCAAUUGCGCACGGUAUACCAUCACCAGGAGAAAAACUAUACGACUCUAUACCAUCGAUCGAACAUAUAAACCGUCACAAUGGCUACAGGCCCCUCGCCCCUCCCCCCAACAUUCAUUCUCAACUCCAAGUCCAUCUCUCAAUCAGCGGCGCAUGACUUCCUCGCUGCCUACAUCGACCUCGCCGCUACAGACCCCGCAUACCAACCCAACGCCGGUAUCAGCGAGCAUGGCCCCGUUUCGCGCACCACAGCCGCUGCGCCGAACCUCACGAUACACAACCUGAAGCGCGUGAAGGCCGGCCUGGCGGGCGAGGUCCUAGGACGUGAUUUGGCGCUUGCCAAGCUGGAGGAGGGAGAUGCGCAGCCAGUGGGAGCGAACGGGGAUUGGGAGGAUGCGAAGAAGUUCCAGGAGGGUGAGAAUGGCGACGUAAUGCAGGACGAGAAUGAUGUGCAGGGACAGAUGGAAGUAGACGAUGCGGAACAGGAGGCCGGUGCUCUUGAUAAGGAGGAAAGGAAGCGGAAGAAGAAGGAGAGGAGAUUGGCAGAGAAGAGGGCUAAAGCGAAGGCUGAGACCCAAGCCGAAGAGUAAAUCCGACGGCAAAGGGAAAGCCAGGGAGAGAGUAUAGAAGGGGAAAAAAGGAGGCUGUUAUGGGUCUAUGACUGAAAGGAUUUGUUGGCAUCAUCUUGCUAUGGGAUUGAUUCUGUUCGGUUGGGUAUCAAAAGCCACGCAUUCUGUAUUUGGCGUACCAG